AGCAGAUACGAAUUAUCCACAAUAUUGUAGACACACCCACAAAACUGUUCACACAAGCAAAAAUAACGAUUUGUUUACACACAUUUCGAAGGUGUACCCCCACUACCCUCAGGCGUCAUGGCUGCUUCAAAUCCCUCAACACUUCUUCCUCUCGAGUUGGUGGACAAAUGCAUUGGCUCACGCAUCCACAUCAUCAUGAAGAGUGACAAGGAGAUUGUUGGAACUCUCUUGGGCUUUGACGACUUUGUUAACAUGGUGCUGGAGGAUGUGACUGAAUACGAGAGCACACCAGAGGGCAGAAGAAUCACGCAGUUGGAUCAGAUCCUCCUGAAUGGAAAUCACAUAACUAUG